AAAGAAAGCUAAAAAUGUCUAUAAACAACGUACGUUCAAUGUCACCAGCCACAAAACUUCUUGAAAAACGUAGAUUAAUGUACGAAGAGCAGGAGAAGUACGAAACUAGUAAGGAUAAGUUCAAGAAGAGAGAGGAGGAGCUUAAGACCCAAGAGGCAGACCUCAUCUCCAAAGAUGUAGACCUUCAGAAGCAGCUCAUUGGCUUCAGUAAGAUCCUCCAGGAAAACCAAUCUAAGAAGAAAGAUAAGCUCCUGAAAAUCAAAACUGAAGAAAAUCUUAUUAAGGCUAAACAGGAGGAACUUGAAAGGAAAAAGGCGGAGCUUGAGUCUUUAAGGCGUCAGACUCAGAAUAUCAGCAUCAAGGUUAAGUCCAUGCGUACAUAUGAGGCAUACCUCGAGGCUGUCAAGGAACGUAAUCCUGAUGAAUACUCCGAAAUUGCUGAUAUAAAGUCUCGAUAUGAGACACUUAGAAAUUCUGAUUCACAGAAGAAACAGAAGGAGAUACAGUCAAUUUAUGAAAAGGAAAAAUCUGAGAUGAACAAUUUUGUGAAUUCUACAAAUAUUGAAAUCAUGAGUCUGAAUAACCAGAUCACCAACAAACAAUCAGAGAAGGAGAAGAUGGACGAGGAGCUGAACAAGAAGAAGGGUAUCCAAGAGGAAGAGACCGCCAAAGAGCUUAAGAAGACCAGUGAGAUCGGGCUCAUUCUCAUGGCUAUUGACAACCUCUACAACAAAUGUGUCAACUCAAAGAAUCAGAGCAAGUUUAGAAGACCUAAUGAAAGCGGAGUCUUGGGCAACAAGAACAAGUCCUUUAAGGAAAAGACUGAGAUGGCUCUGAAAAGACUCGAUGCCAUCUCUGAUGAUUAUGAGGACUUUGGUGAGAUUCUCAAGGAACUGAGAAAGAAGCCUACAGGAGUUUAAACAGAUUAUAAAAAAAUAUUAUAGAUA